CGAAACGUCGCUCGCUGGCCUGUGGAGUUUUUGCCGACGCCAGUGGUACGCGGCUACGCCUACGGGGAUACUUGUAUAGUGGGUUGCCGAGGCAGCUGUAACUAACAGGAACAGUUUGUACAAGCAAGGCGAGCUGUGUAAAGCAUUAUAUCCACGGAAUAGCGCGCAAUGCCUGUAACCGUAACGCAACAAACAACAACCGUCUCAUCGUCCGGCGGGAACGAGCGAUUGGCGUUAUGUGCCUUCAACUUCGGCUAUCUGAAGACACCCGACGGUUGGAUCAAAAUAGCCCAAGUAAUCGUGGGACUGAUAGUGAUGUCGCUGCUGAUCAAGACCUAUAAUGUAUCCUGGGUGUUGUUCCUGAUGAUGACAGCUUUUGCUUUUUCUGUUGUCAGUUUCAUUAUUCUACUUUCGGCGAUGGGCUCCUACUCAGGAUCACUUCUCAUUGGAACUCUUUUUUACCUCAACUACCACAUUGUAGGCUUCAUCUUCUACCUUUCUGGAGGAUUGACGUGUGUUGUCAAUGCAUCACAGUACGUUGGUUUGGGCAGCAUCAUAGCUGCUGGGGUGCUUGGCCUCAUAGCCUCAGCCCUAUAUGCAGUGGAUGUCGCUCUGACCGUCCGAGCAAGAGUUUGAACCUUCAGUGCCAACUGCCUGAAUUUACACCUGAAGCGCUGCCGUGCUCAGCUCUAUGCCCAUGGCUUUGCCCUCGUGUACAACUGGUGUUAUAAGGAGUCUCGACAGGCGCUGUAAUGUAUUUUUCGGCGUAUUUUCAUUUACCAAAGGAAAUUAAGUUGAGAAAAGGUUGUGAGGGUUGGUUACUGCAUCAUUGUAGCGAUACAAUGUGUUGCUCUGCUUUAUGUUUGAAGAAGUAUGUGCCUGUGUCGUGCUCCAUGUUUCAUGUCUACAACAAAGGGGGGAGGCUUUUAAACUUGUAAAUCUAAGCGGUGAAUAGUGUUGAAAGUUUCACUGACAAAUUUUUCUUUCACUGAGCUACAAGUGAGCGACUAUAUAUAUAUAUAUAAUAUCGGAUAAGGCAAGGGAUUUAGCACUACUAACAGAAAGCAGUGAUAUGAAAAACUAAAACGCAGCCCAGUGCAAAGACUUGGUGGUAGUAGGAGUGGCCCUCUGCAUUUGUUCAGUUACAAUGAGUACCUUAAGAUGGCAUUUAUUAUACAUGAGAAUACGUCGGAAACAAUAAUUUACAAACUUUGUUCUGUAAUUGCUGUGUAACAUGCUCCUUGAGGUUGCCUGUUCUAUUGCAUGGUUGGUGACAGGCACACAGCACUAAAUCAGGAACUUACUUUAUCAGUUACUCUUAUUUGGCGAAAAAAGUGCGUUGCUGUAGUGCCACCCUCCUUUGAAGUAUGCUGUACCUCUUGUGUACUCAGUUGUUGCUUAUUUGAAGCCUUAAAAGAAUCUCUGUGCCUGCCCCACUGCAACUUUUCACAUGUUUACCCAUGGCAACAAGAGUAGUGUAUUCUUUCACGGGGCGUUGCAUGGUGUGGUCACAUUCUAACUUCUAAAUAUAACUGCAAACUUGUAGGGCACUAUAGGAGCUUGAUAUUUUACAGAAACCACAACUGCUUGGCAGAGUAUGCAAUGUCUGAGCAGCAGGGGGAAGAAACGAUUAAUUCCAGAGGUUUUUCAGCUGCUCUGCAAGCAUAGAAGCCACAAAGGUCACAGACUGAAAAAUAAAGUUCAGCUGUAGCCAUUCGAGCAUAAUUGCUACUGUAACGCUGUAAAUGGUGCAUUUGAGCGUAACUGUAGCAUUUUAUAGUGACAACACCUAUUAUUUUCCUAUUUUGUUUUUUUAUUCAUUGUUGACCACUGAUGCUGUCUAUAAAGACGAUUUAGGUUCAUUGUAAGAAGUGAGGAGUUAUUAGUAUCAUGUGCAUGCAGCAAUUUGUAUGUCACACAAAUUUCAAUCCUAGUUUCUUUUUUCUGUAUAUCUUAUGUUAAAAAUGUGCACUGUUUUCUAAAAGUAAUGCACUAACACAUCUAUUUAAAAUGCAGGCUCAUAAAUAUAUAUUGAUCUGUUCAUCUGAUCUAUUAUUACGCUUCAACUUUGAUAGUAUAAUUUAUAUAAAUAGUAUAAUAAAGUAAGUCUGAACUUUUUCUUGCAGAUAUCUUUGUAUAGCAGAUAUAUGCUUAUAACAAAUGUUGAAUGCAGUAAGGAUAUUUUCAUGUAUGAUGUGACUUUUUAAUAACAUAAUCACAUUCGGUUGUGUUAUUUUUUAAUAUAAGCCUCUGUUUAGGAAGAGGAAGAAAGUUGUUUUCAAGUGGUGGUGAGUAAAAUAUCAGUUGCUGUAUAACUUAACACAGCAUCAGGCCUGGUGUUAUCAAGGUGUGUAGAGUGUAGUGGCCAUGCAUGCUCUGGGCAUCACCAAAUGUCUCUUGCCAGUGGAGUUUAUGAAGCGUUAAAAUAUUUAUGUUACAUUCACUUGUGAUUAGUUCUUUGAGUACUCAUUCGACCAAUAUUUGGUUCUCUAGCUGCAUAGCAAGCUUCUCAAGUUGUAUUUAUUGUUGGUCAGAAACAAUCUGUGUUACGUUUAUGUUUGCACAAAGUAAUGUACGAUGUAGUCAAACAUUCAAAUCCAAUUUUCUGCUUUGUGAAAGCAGGGACGUUGAGACAGCCAUGUAGUAAAGUUAGAGCGUAGUGAAUCAGUGUUGUGCAUUUGUCUGACGUGCUUAUAAGAACCUUGUGGCAGAAGUACCCAUGUGUCCCCUUUUAGAGGCUAUGGUGUUUUAGAGUACAUGUUGUGGAAUACUGCAUUUUGUUGUAAGCAAAUUAUAAAAAAGUUACCUUGAUUAUAUCUAGGUAUCAUUGCAUUGCAGUGAUUAGGGCAUCAUGGAAUCCUGCAAUGGCCGGAAUUUUCUGUCCUAAUGCGGUGAAAAAUGCCAUUUUUGUAUAUUACUUUACAUGUAACUGUGCCUAGAGAGCUGUGUAGCACAUGACAAAUACUCCUUUUGUCACCAUCUGCCCCUGUGAAGAAAAUGUACGGUGAAAUACCUGCAUGCUGACUACGGCUGGUGGCUGGAGCACAUGCUUGUCAGUUCUAUUUUUGCAGAGUGCAUAUGGGAAGCAAGCCCAAUAUAAUAGCCAUUUUUGUACUGGGCAAUGUGUACGUUUAGAUACAAGUCUCCCACUAAGACAUGGCACAGUUAUUUUGUUGUACAACUUGUGCUGCUGCAUAUGUGCGCAUGGAAGAAAACAAUCAUUAUAUAGUGACCAUCAUGAAUGUGUACAUUCCUAUGUAUAUAUACUAAAAAAAUAACUAUUAAGUGUUUGUGAAGCACCAAGCACGUCAAGGCAGUGUGUGUUCUAUGAACGUUUAACUUGUGUUUUGUGAAGCACCUAGCAUAUCAAGGCAAUGCAUGUUCUAUGGAUUUUUAACCUUGCUUAAUGUGAGCAUUGACUUGGGCUAACUGUGACAAUUAAGGGAAAUGCACAGUAUCAAGGGCAUAAUUAUAACCACAAGAAAGGAAAUAUUUUUAGAGAAUGCUACUAUAAAAAGUACAAAUGUGUAGCAGUAGCUUUAACUAUUUAGUUGCAAGCUAAGCCUGCUAAGCAGAAUGCAUGUCACAGAUUUAACCAUUUAACACCAAAGUUAUUCUAAAAGAAAGCAUGCAAAAUUUCCCUAAUUCUGACAAAUUCCCACUGAUUACUUCUGGAUUAAAAAAAAAUUUCACAUGGGUAGUUUACUUCUUAUAUUCACCUAAUUAAUGAAGGACACCUGCUCUAAAGAAAGAGGCCUUCCUUCAACACAUGCAUAACGGUUGAAUAUAAUUAUCUAAACAGAUUGUAGCAAAAAGAAUUGAACACAAAAAAAAAAGUAUGUUCAAGCACCUAAAUUCAGAUGCAUGGCGAGCGCAGAGUUGAUGAAUGCAGUUCAUCUCUGGCAGCCAAAGCAGAAAAGGCUGGGGCUUGCGCAAGUGUAGCUCGUCUUUGGUGAUAUUGGUACACAGUGCUAGGAUGAAUGUUGCUUCAGCUGGGUGGUUAAUGUCUUUGUGAAUCAAGUUGGUGUGUGUGUACCAUUAUAUGUUCAUUUGUGUCGUCAUUUUCUGGAUGCUUUAUUCUUUUAAUGUAGUACCUUCAGUGUCUGUGCAAUAGAAGGGCAUCAUUUGUCUCUUUCACUUUAUGUCACUAGCACUUGGUAUUCCUCAGCACAAUGAUUCGUGCAGCACCAUUUUGUAACAUUAGUUCAGGACAACUUCAGGGAUCAAAACUGCUGUUUGACUUGGCUGGAAAAAGAGAGCCGUGUUCUAUCUUCAGAUUAGUGCACGGUAACCAUAACUGUAGUGAAUUGGUAGAGCGUCCACCUCCAAUGCAGAAUGUAUUGGGUUCAAUUCCCAGUGCUACCAGGCACCCAGAAAUUUUUCUAAAGGUGGGAGAGGUACUCAGACCUGGAACCUGGUAGUGUGGGUACUCAUUUCAAGAAAGUGGCCUUCCUACUGUCUUCUUUCAGCACCCUUUUCCCUCCCUCCCUCUCAUGACUCUGCACCAUUCUCCCUUAGAUGGGUUGCAGAAAUCAGUCUUUCCUAACCUCAAAAACACCAUGUCUUAGCAUACAUUCUGACGCUCCUGCUAUCACUCAUAACAAAAGUACUGGCUUAAGAAUGGUGGUUUCAGGUUCUUGAAAAGGGAUCUCAUGCCAAAACAGUAAAGUAAAAGGGACUGCAGUUACACCCUUUUUCUUUGGGUAGGGAGUAGACAUGUACCAACAAGUAAAUUGGCACACUGCACAAUACCCAUCUUGUGUUCAAAAGAGGAGAUAAGGUGCCUGAAGGAUACAAAAGGAUAUUUCUAAAAGACCUUCAGAAUGGACAUUUGGAAGAGGGGACAGAAAAAAAGGCACCUUUACACAUAAAUGCCAGCAAAUAUUAUAGGUCUAACCAAUACAAGUGAAAGGUUAUCAGUAUGUUAUAUUUCAUUGGAACAAACUUAUUCACACACUUGUUCAUUUGUGUGAGUAUUUGCGUAAAAAAAAAAAGAAAGGGGAAACCUGUCUCGCUUUGCAAUGAUUUACACCUGCAAUGCUAUUUUUGCUGGUUUAUUGCUGCUCAUUUGAUAAUUUAUGUUUUAACACUUUUGUGAGUUUGCCUAGCCAUCUGAUUAGCCCCCACAUUCUCUGUGCUCACAUUUGCGCUAUGUUGAAGUUUCCCCAUGGCCUUCUUUCUCUCUCUGACAUUUACAGUGUUGUGCAUAAGCAAUUCCAAAUUUACAAAUUUUAGACAACAUGAACUAUGCUGCUUGGUUGUACUGCCUGCUGUUGCCUCUGAAGUAUAUGCAGAGAUACCACUAAUUUCAGAGUAUGCAUCACACAUGCACAAGUUGUAAAAUGGCUCUAUGGUGAAUAUGCCCAUCUGGGAAGAUUUAUAUUGCCACAAUGGUAAGAGUUCAAGCCCUAAUGGGGGCAGUAAGGAAACUUUUGUUCAUUGCCUUCUCCAACAUAAUGAUUUCAGCUUAACAUGACUGCUACACCAGUCUUCUGGUUAUACUGACAUCAAAAGUGAUUGUUUUGCCUUGCUAAGACUGCUGUUCACUGGAAAAGAGUGCAACACUAAUUUUUAUAUUCAUUUAUAAAAAAAAGUACUUAUACAAUCCUUCUGUGAUCUACAUUUAACUUUAGGGUCAUUAAUGAGGUUUUAAUUUAGAAACAAAUGUAAAUGCAGUGACAAGAAAAAAGCGGCAUUUUUUUUGUUGCUUAGUAUGUAUGUGAGUUUAGUAAACAGCUGGGUGUGUCACUAAAGACGUGCGAGCCUACAAUUGGUGAUUGCUAUGUCAUAUUAUCCAUUUUUAAAUGCUAACCCAACAAUAUCAAACUACCUUGGGUAGCAGCUUGGCACCCAUAGUUUUUGACCACAAAAAUGGCACAAAUUCCUCGCAUUAUAACAUGAUGAGUGUCACUCCCUCCAUUUCACCACUUGAAAUUGCAGUGGAAGCUGCAGCUGGUAUGAGCUUACCAAAAUGGCUACCAUGUGAAUGCUUGUCUUGUGCUGCAUGCCCCCUUUUUGUCGAGAGUGGUGUCUAUUCAUUCUUGAUUGCUCGAGCAUACUUUGUAGUCCCCUUACAAUGCCAUACUGUUGUGAUAACAUUACUUUUUGAUCAUUUAGGUAACCUUAUAGGUUAACUUGCAUCCCUUUACAAGUCUGUUUCUAACCUUCAAGCUUCAGCUAGGUGAAAGUGUUCUUGCUCCCUUCUGUGGCACUAGUAUUGCACUGCAGCUGACAUUUGCACAAUAUUAUUUACUUCACUGUUUUAGCAGUACGUUAUCUUGCUGUUCCUUUCUGCUUGCUUCCUAGAUUUAAAACAGCAGGGGGCACCUGUGAUUUUUCGCAACAGUACUGAAUUUACUGAUGCUCUAUUUUCGGAUAUAUGUCACUUCGUGGAAUAAAGAGCUGUAACAAAAUGCUGAAGGCUAAAUGAUUUUAUCUGUGUGUUGUGUUCAGCUUACAACUAAAGAUAAAUUUGGAAUGUGACUAUGCUGAGCACUGCUUGGGCUUAAUGGAGUUGUGCAUCAAAGCUGCUUAAGUACAUUUGCAAUGAGUAAAGGCUUUUGUUAUUGAGACUGCAGCGAAUGCAGUCUUGUAUGAAAGUAUUUUAAAGGGAACUGAUAAAUUUGUUUAAAGAUUAUUGCACUAGCUUUUAUAUGCAACAGGAGACUUAGACUGAACAAUUUCCGGUUUAGUUUGAAAGACAUUAGUUUCAAUGUGGUUCCAGCAUGUUUGCUGUGACAGUUUUCACAACUUUAUUCCU